UCAAUACACAUCGCCUUUACUCACCGCUUGGGAGGCGCAAAACCUCGUCUCGCGCGCUGUCCGCACACGCGAGGACGCCCGUGCACGAAUUCAGUCGGCGCGUACGCACGACAGCAAAAUCAGCACUGAAAAAAAAAAUUGACCUGAAUUGAUAAUAUGGCCGAGGAGCCGCCGAAACGGCGCCUGGUGGUCACGGAGGUGACGCGGGGCCGCAACGGCGGGCCGGGCAUCCUGGCCCUCGGGCUCGGGGCGCCGCGCGCGGCACCGGCCGCGGUCGGCGCGGGUCGCCGCGGCGCCGCGCAACCGCCGCCGCCGCCGCUCUUCAAGUUGCGCUCGGACUUCGCCAAGCAAGCAGAGGAAGAAGAUGGAACUCCUGUGAUCGACAUCUGCAAGAAGGCCGAGGCGUGCAUCUGUCUGUCGACGGUCGGCGCGCUGUGCCACGACCAGGCCACGGCCGCGGCCAUAGAGUGUGCCUACGGCGCGCCGCUGCUCUACAACGGCCAGGUCGUGUUAUUAGACCGCGAGGCCGUCGAGGGCUGCGUCAACGACUGGAUCGACCGUAUCGAGGAUCGUGAUCUUGAGAUAUGGACGGGGUUGACUCCCAUUAAUGGCAGCCUCGCGUCGGCUGCCGAGGUCUUCAACAAAAGCACGGACCCCUUUUACGCCUUCUCGGACGUGUUCGUGCCGGAGUCUGAGACGCGCGAGAGGAUCAAGGACCGGCCCAAGGACCGCAAGGACACCAUUCUCGCGCGGUUGCGAAGCGGUGCGUCUGGCGAAUGCGGUCACAUGCACGUGACGACGGUUGUCUACGUGGAGCGCCUCGGCCGGUACGUCAAGGCGUCGCUCGCUUUUCAGUCGCGGAAAGCCAUAUUGACCAACAUGCGCAUCUAUCCAACGUCGCGAGUGGCCUUGGUAGGACGCUUGAGGGAGUUUGCGGCGGCGCGGAACGACAACAAACUCCUCGAGCGAUUGGCACCGGGGGUCAUUUCGAGCAACCACCCGAACAACUUCGGCAUCAUCGAGCUGAAGGCGCACAAGAAGAGUGAGUUCAAGCGUCAUGAAAAGGGAGUCUCAGGAACGACUCCGCUACAAACUGCGGCGGACAACCUCUACCAGACGAUGUUCAAGGAGGGCGCAGCGGCGAAGGAAAUGGUCGAGAGCUUCUCGGCCAAAUUGCGCGACGACUUCCAGCAGUUCGGCAUGGACCUGGACAACAUCCAGGAGCACCUCGUCGGCGGCGUCGACGUCCGGGAGGGCUUCGAGGUCUUCGACCUGGUCGCGCACGCGUUCACGGACGACGACGGCGCCGCCACGCGCGCCGAAAGGCACGCCCGGGACCACGCCGACGAGAUGGACGUGUUCUGCAACGAAUUUGCAGUGAUGCCGACUUCCCACACGCUGCCCUUCCUCUUCGACGACGUCGCGCAGCAGACGUUCAAGGCCUUCGGCGUCGCGCUCCGCUCGCGGAUCUCCCAGCUGCCCGCGACCUGUCUGACCUGGCCUGACCCGGCCGACGACGACGCCGACGACUUGAUCCCCGACUUCCCGCCGGGGGGCGGGGACGACGAGAUCCACGUGUUCCACCACAUGUCGUCCAUCGAGCUCGAGAACUACGAGGCGUGAGGUCCCGGCGCCUCCGUCGUUGUGACUCGUAAGUCUUGUAUUUCAACACGACUGCGCUUCGGCCGCUGCAGGCUGUAAGGUGCCAAAAAGCUGAGGCGGCAAGACC